AUGCAAGAUUGGAUUAAAAUUACACUUGUCCUGUGCCUUUUUGGAACUCUUAGAGAGAUCAGACCUUCUGAGCCUUUCGUCACAGAAUUCCUAUUGGGGAGAUGGCGCAAUAUUACUGAAGACCAAUUAAACCGUGAAGUGUAUCCCGUAGGAACAUACUCAUAUUUAGUACUUCUAGUAAUAGUAUUUCUUAUCACAGAUUUUUUAAGGUUCAAGCCAGUUAUAAUUCUAUCAGGUUUAAGUGGUAUUUCAGUGUAUGCGGUGUUAUUAUGGACAAGCAGCAUAGAAUGGCUGCAAGUAUCGCAAUUUCUAUAUGGACUAUAUAUGGCCACAGAAGUGGCUUAUUUAACAUAUAUUUAUGCAAAGGUAGAUUCCGCAAAAUAUCCGCUAGUGUCGUCCUACACGCGUAUAGCAGCUCUGACUGGGCGAUUCCUAUCAGGGACCAGCUCACAACUUCUUACUCACUACGGUAUCAUGGACUAUCGGCAACUGAACUACAUCACCUUCGUUGCACAAAUUUUAGCUACAUUUUGGGCAUUUUGGCUUCCGCCAGUGCCAUACGGAAUAUACUUUCACAGAAAAUCUACCGGCAACCCAGCUGAAGUUAAUAUAAAGGAACAUGUUGAUAGCCAAACACCCUUACAUUUUGAAAAGCGCACAAUAACCAAAGACAUAUCAGAGGCAGUAAUACUGAUAUCUAAACACGCGCGCGCCGCCUACAGCCGCCCGCGCGUGCUCGCGUGGUCCGCGCUGUACGCCGCCGCGUUGGCGCUGUUCACGCAGGCGCAGACCUACGUGCAGUUGCUAUGGAGGUUUAUACAGGAGGAGAGUGAUGCUCCGGUGAUAUACAACGGUGCAGUGGAAGCGCUACAAACGCUGUUAGGCGCGCUGGGCGCGCUCGCGGCGUCGUACUGCGCGCGCGCGCCGCUGCCCGCGCCCGCCGCCGCGCUGCAGGGCGCGGCCCUGUUCGUCGGCACCAUUGUGCCCAACGUGUUCGUGGCCUACGCUGGAUAUAUUGUGAUGGGCAUGCUAUAUCAUUAUAGUAUCACGUUGGCUAGCGCAAAAAUAGCUGGUCAACUCAGCGAUGAUAGUUGCUUCGGUCUCAUAUUCGGCAUCAACACACUCCUCGGAACUGGUCUCCAAUCACUCCUGACUCUCAUCCUCAUCCAGACCUUAGCUUUGGACAUCACAGCUCAGUACUUCACCAUCAGUGGUUUGUUCUUAUUUCUUGCUUCCUUUUGGUUACUAGGAUGGAUAGUUCAGGUAUUUAGGCAAAAAGAAAGUAUUCCUGAGAAUCAGUAU